AUGAAACCCUUCUUUCUUCUAAAGCUUCCCCACAUCCCGUUCAAAGAAAUUGCUAUGAGUUUGAAUGUAGUGGCACUAGCAAUGUGUAGUGAAAAAAGUAGGAAAGCAAUUGAGUUGAUGAAACUAAAAGCGAAACAGUUCGUAAUUACCCAAGUUUUCAAUGAACAUCGAGUGUACAUGGCGAUAAACAAUGUGUUGUGGUUCACAUGGAGAUUGUUUUUUCCCAGUGAAGUGGCGAACCCAGAAGACUUCACAGAGCGUUUUACUAUAGAUGGAAAAGUGUUCCAGUCAAUCACAACCGAGAAUCGGGACUGCGCCUAUGAGAUUUGCUCAUUGAGUGAGAACUAUCAAAAGUCUGCAGAUUCAGUCCAAAAGUUCAUAAGAAAAACAUUUGUUUGUCAAAAUGUUAAAUAUCAUAUCGAUGUGGAUGGAUGCGAGAACUUUGACCAUUAUGUUUUGGAGACAGUGAAUAAAGAUCCAGAAUGCAAAACGUUAGAGUUAGGAACAACCAUCUAUGUGCCUCUAGAAAAUUCGAAAUACAAGACAAGAGAGGCUGGACCACUGAACCCUUGGCAUGUUGAAUUUGUUCUCAGCAAUUUGAAUGAAAAUAUUGAACUGAUUAUUUCCGGAGAUCCCGGAGACGAUUUCAGAUACACCAAGAAUCUUGUUGAAUCAAAUUCAGAAAAAUUAUACAUAUCUUCUGUAAACGAACGUGACGAAACUUGUAUCACUCUUGAAGAAAUCAUUUCUUAUUUUGAAAGAUGGAUAGAUGGAAAACAAACAAGUAUUCUGUGUUUAGCAGUCAGGAAUAACUGGAAGUUGCAUCGCGAAGAAGUUUUUAAUAAGUUAACCAACGGUAUUGAAACGUCUGUUUUUGAUGAAAGAAGAAAUGCCAGUGAUUAUAAAAAUAAUUGGUUAUCAAAAGCCACGGAACAUACUAAUUGUCCGCUGAUCGACAUACGAGCCAAUGACGGUACAGUUGCUUCCAUUCUAUGUAAUCCAAAUAUGCUUUUUUUCGGAGUCUGGAGUAAGCCUUCGGGCCCAUAA